AUGCAGCCCUCCCUUGCCCUCCGCAUGUUCCGACCUACGGGUCGCAUGAUGAAGGCGGCCGAGCCCGCUAACACCAGCCUCGGUGCUAGGAUCAAGAAGGUCCCCGCUGAGUUGUGGCCCCUUUUCGUUGUCGUCGGUUUCGCCGUCGGCGCUGGCUGCUACUCUAUCGGCCGCAAGUUCGCCGUCGACAAGAACCUCCGUCUCGCCCGUCAAGGCCCCGCGAAGGCCGAGCACCAUGGCGAGCACCACUAG